CAUCAAAACACAUAUAGAGAUCCUCUAGCCACGUUGUUACAUACCGGAUCAAAAUAUAGUUUAGUUAGCUAGUUGAGAGUAGUACUUGUGGGGGGAGAUUCACCAAAUUAAAAUUUCGAAGCCAUGAAGGUGAGAGUGGAGAGUUCACGAAUCCUGAAGCCCCUCUACGGUGGUGAUGAUCGUCCCCGCGCCGCCGACGCCACCGAGCACGUCCCGCUGACGCCCUUCGACCGCGUGACGGACGACGCGCACAUCGCCGUCCUCUUCGCCUACCGCCCCCCGACCCCUCCCAACUCCGUUCUGGUCCGGGCCCUGGCGGUGGCGCUCGCCGCCUACCGCGAGUGGGCCGGGCGCCUCUCGGCGGACGGCGACGGCAAGCCCGUGAUCCUGCUGAACGACGCGGGGGUGCGGCUCGUGGAGGCCUACGUCGACGCCCCCCACGACGCCUGCGUGAGCCCGGACCCGUCCCCGUCGUGGCUGGCCCUGCACCCGAGCCCCGACGAGGGCCCCGGGGAGCUGCUCCAGGUCCAGCUCACGCGCUUCGCGUGCGGCGCGCUCGUCGUCGGCUUCACCAUGUACCACCGCGUCGCCGACGGCCCCGCCACCACGCAGUUCCUCGUCGACUGGUGCCGCGCGGCCCGCGGCGCCCCCGUGAGGCCGCCGGCGCGCGACCGCGCCGCGCUCUGCGCCCCGCGCGACCCGCCGGCCGUCGAGUUCGAGCACCUCGGGACGGAGCUCGCCUCCGAGCGCUUCCCCGCGGCCGUCGAGGAGGAGGCGAUGGCGACCGCCGCCAGGCCCGUCGCGACGCAGAAGGUGCACUUCAGCGAGGAGUUUCUGGCCAGGCUGAAGCAGGCGGCGGGCGGGGCCGGCAGCACGUUCGAGUGCGUCGUCGCGCACGUCUGGCGGGCGAUGACGAGGGCCCGGGGGCUGCCGGGCGGCGAGACCACCCGCGUGCGCAUCUCCGUCGACGGGCGGCACCGCAUGAGGCCCCCCCUCCCCCGCGAGUACUUCGGGAACGUGAUCCUCUGGGCCUACCCGCGGGCGAAGGCGCGGGACCUCACGGCGCAGCCGCUGCGCUACGCCGUCGACCUCAUCCGCGGCGAGAUCGCGAGGGUCGGGGACCGGUACUUCAAGUCGUUCAUCGACUUCGCGGCGUCGGAGGCGGCGGAGGGGCUGGUGUCGACGGUCGACCCGGACCAGUGGGUGCUGAAGCCGAACGUCGACGUCGACAGCUGGCUCAGGUUUCCGAUACGCGAGCUGGACAUAGGCGGCAGCGGAGGCGGAGGCGGAUGCCCCUUCUACUUCGUGCCGUCGUACUACCCGGUCGAGGGGCUCAUGUUCCUCGUGCCGUCGUCACGGGGCUUGGUCGGGGAGGGACGGCAGAGCCGGAGCAUCGACGCCUACGUCUCCUUGUUCGAGGAAGACAUGGAUGUCUUUAGAAGAAUAUGUUACUCCCUGGACGACGAUGAUCAUCACCAUCAUCAUCAUACAGAGACUACUGGUUAUGGAUCCGGAUUGGAACGGUACAAGGAAAUGCCUAUGGCUCGGCUUUGAGCUUUGAUUGAGGACAUUCACAACAACAACAAC